CGCGGGGCGCGGGGGCGCGGGGCAGGCAGGGAGCCCAUGGCCGCCUCGGCCGCGGCGGACGAGCUGUCCUGGAACUUCACGUACUGGUCGCCGGGCGCCGGCAACGGCUCCCUGUCGCGCGCGUGGUACCUCGGGAACCAGAUUCACCUUUCUGGAGUUUUGCUAGCCAUUUUAGGAAAUUUGGUAAUGAGUAUUUCCCUAAAUAUUCAGAAAUAUUCUCACGUCCAGUUGGCACACCAGGAACAUCCCAGGCCCUACUUCAAGAGCGUGUUGUGGUGGGCUGGGACCGUGCUCAUGGCCAUGGGGGAGACAGGCAACUUUGCAGCCUAUGGAUUUGCUCCUAUUACUCUCAUCGCUCCAUUAGGCUGUAUGUCUGUUACAGGUAGUGCCAUUAUUUCUGUUAUGUUUCUGAAAGAAAACUUAAGAGCUUCAGAUUUACUAGGUAUGACCUUGGCAUUUGCAGGAACAUAUUUAUUGGUGAACUUUGCUCCAAACAGAAGUCAGUCUAUCUCUGCAAGAACAGUACACUAUUACUUUGUUGGCUGGCAGUUCCUGAUCUAUGUGAUUUUAGAAAUAUUAAUUUUCUGCAUUCUGCUGUAUUUCCAUAAGAGAAAGGGAGUGAAGCACAUGGUGAUUCUGCUAACUCUGGUGGCACUUCUCGCCUCAUUGACUGUAAUUUCAGUAAAAGCAGUCUCAGGCAUGAUCACUUUUUCUGUGAUGGAUCAAAUGCAGCUAACUUAUCCCAUCUUCUAUAUCAUGUGUAUCAUUAUGAUAGCAUCUUGUGUUUUCCAAGUCAAGUUCCUGAAUCAAGCUACAAAACUCUACAACACAACAAUGGUGGUGCCGGUCAACCACGUCUUCUUUACGACCAGUGCCAUUAUAGCAGGUAUCAUAUUUUAUCAGGAGUUCCUUGGUGCAGCUUUUGUAACUGUAUUUAUAUAUUUUUUUGGGUGUUUUCUGUCGUUCCUUGGUGUGUUUUUGGUCACAAGAAGUCGAGAAAAGGAACAUCUGCCACAGUCCUACAUUGAUUUUGGAAAUAUUCCUGGGAAACAAAUGUUGGACAAAAUACAACCAGAUUCAAAUGGCUUAUCCUAUGGAACUUUGCCUGAUGGAAGUGUCUCAACAAAGAGCCAAAGUGGAGAGAAGAAAGAGGUCUAAAAUGCCGAGAGGGAUGGCUGCUGGCCUGCUAUUCGAUACCACCUUUAAAAAAACUGCAUAUGUUCCAUUUGUGUCCACAGCUAUUUUGUGCUGACAUGUGCUAGCAUUACACAGCCCUUUAUCCCACCUCCUUUUUUACAGACAACCAGGCCUUCCUAAGCUCUGACAGUCUAAUGUCUUCAUGGAAUGUAAUUUGAAGUGUUCCCCACACCCUGGACUUCCCCCUUUGUGAACAUCUAACCGGCUAGAUUUUAAUUAGACCCUGGCUUCCCAAGCAGGACUGUCACACAAAAAUGUACAUUCAUGAUAUUGGCUCCAGAACACAUAGGCUGCCUUUCCCACAUGACUUAUAGCAUCAGCUGCCUUACUUUAAAAGAGACAUGUUCAUCCCACAACCUCACUCCUGUACCAAAGGUUUGAGAACAUUUGUUUCUCCUACAACAUCUUUUAUGAGCCUCCCCCAUAAGGAUCUCACCUUUCUAUUCCUAAGUUAGAACGGUGAAUCAUCUUUUCUGAAAGUGAGCCCUAUUGUAACUGUCCUUUGAAAAUUAAGGGUAUCUUUAAAAUUAGAGUUUUGUAAGUGGCAUUCUGUGAUGAUGUAUACCUUGGCUAGUGAACUUUUUCAGAUUAAGAAAGGAGCAAUUUAAGAAUUAAGACCAAUUUUUCAAAAAAUAUAGAAUGAUGAACAUUUUCUUCAGCUAUAUGAUCCUAUUAUACUUGAAUUGAAACUGAAAACUUCAUAUCCUGUGCUUAUAUAUGUGUAGUUCUUAUGACUUACCUAGUGGGUUUAUUAUGUUUUAACUCGACACAAGUCUCAAAAAUUGUAUUUAAAUUCUUAGUGUUAUUUUCACUAGGACACCAUUUCUUCCCCCAAUUUAUUAUCCCAAGCUUUAUAAACUCUUCUAGGCAAAAGUACAGCUAUGAGUAGAGAACUGGAUUUUAGCCAUUUAAAUCUGUAGAUGUAGCCAGGUGGCGCAACCUGAGUCUAGAGAUAACGGCUGUGUGCUCCUGUACCCUGAAUGGCUUUUCUGCCGUGACUAGUCACAUAUUUACUAAGAUUCAUUUGCAGAUAGAGUCCAUAAUCAUAUAUGUUAUUUAUGAUUUACUAAUAUAUUUAAAUGACAUGAAAAGAGCUAGCCUUCAUUGUAACCAACAUCAAGUAAUAAGCCCUAUCUUUAAUGACAUUUCAAAACCUUCAAAUCACUUCUAACAUACUAGUCCAAAGUUGUUCCAGCCAAUUGUCCUCCAACUUGUGAAGGUUGUGUGACUCAGAGCUAUUGAAACUGCAAACCCCUUAACUACUUGGGGUCUUCUAGCUUUGUUCUUUGUCAUAAACUAUACCCCUGACCAAACCUGGUUACAAAGGCAAGAUUUGAAUCCAUCACCAUUGUCUGAAUAAUAACCUAGAACUCAUGUUUGAACUCCUGGUAAGAAUUCCUGCUAUUGUGGAAAGUAUCCCGUAAUUCAAAUAAAGCAGUCAUAUAAUUUA